UCAACAUCCUUUUCCACGCAGCAUUAGCACUAAUGCCAUUCAUUGCAAUCUCCAUGUCCUAGCUAAUUGCUUAUGCUUUCAACAUCCAUAUUCUCACAACAAACACAACACAAGCUAUGCAGCUUACACACCUGUGCCUUGUCAUGCCCUCAGACUAUGAUAAACUAGAGCCACUUCAUGCAACCCCACCAAAACAUAAAGGGACACAGAAAAAAGUUAAGGCCAAAAAGGACUUCAAAGGGGCAUGUGGAGGCCAUGUUGUUGCUACCCUUCAAGGUUCCUUAACGAGGUUGUGUGAGUCAAAGUGGUGGAGUCUAUGCCAAGAUGGUGCAAGAGAAAGCAAGCAGAUCAAGGCUUCAUCUUGUGUGUUUCAUGAUAUUGAGGGUGUGCAGCUCUCUUCAAAGAUUGGAAGGGACAGCAACAAUCCAAGGAUUUUCAGCUACGCUGAGCUGUACAUAGGGUCAAGGGGUUUUUCUGAGGAGGAGGUUCUUGGAAGUGGAGGUUUUGGCAAAGUGUACAAAGCUGUUAUGCCUAGUGAUGGAACAGUGGUGGCUGUGAAGUGUUGCUUGGCAGGGAAAGGUGGCCAGUUUGAGAAGACUUUUGCGGCAGAACUAGCAGCAGUGGCACACCUUCGCCACAAGAACCUUGUUCCCUUGAGGGGUUGGUGUGUUUUUGAGGAUCAACUUUACCUUGUGUAUGACUACAUGCCUAAUCUCAGCCUUGACCGGGUGCUGUUUCGGAAGAACUUGAAGGAGGAGCCACUUGGGUGGGUGAGGCGUGGCAAAAUUGUGAAGGGUUUGGCAUGUGCGUUGCACUAUCUUCAUGAGCAGUUGGAGACUCAGAUCAUUCACAGGGAUGUGAAGACCAGCAAUGUGAUGCUUGAUUCCCACUACAAUGCUAGGUUGGGGGACUUUGGCUUGGCAAGGUGGCUUGAGCAUGAGCUUGAGUACGAGUAUGAGACUAGGAAAGAAGCAUCAACAUCAAGCAAGUUUGAGAAUUUCAGGUUGAGUGAGACCACAAGGAUUGGUGGCACAAUUGGGUACUUGCCCCCUGAGAGCUUCCAGAGAAGGAGUGUUGCAACCUCAAAAUCUGAUGUUUUCAGCUUUGGAAUCGUUGUGUUAGAGGUGGUGUCUGGAAGGAGGGCCAUCGAUCUCACAUACCCUGAUGAGAAAAUCAUCUUGGUUGAUUGGAUCAGAAGGCUCAGUGAUGAAGGGAGAGUCGUUGAUGCUGGGGAUACAAGGCUGAUAUACGGUUCCUACAAGGCUUUUGAGAUGGAGCAUUUGAUUCACAUAGGCCUUUUGUGCACACUCCAUGACCCUUUGUUGAGACCAAGCAUGAAGUGGAUUGUAGAAGCACUUUCUGAUAUGUCAAAUAAGUUGCCAACACUCCCUUCGUUUCACUCCCAUCCUAUGUACAUCUCUUUGUCUUCUUCAUCUGAGACUAGUCCAAGCAGCUCAAAAGGGACUGGCUCAGGCACAGGAACAGAAAGUUCUAGCAAUCAUUCUAGUUCCAUUUCAAAAUAUGUCACUGCCACAGGAGAUACCAUAUAUGUAACAGCUGAAGCUGAACAGAGAAACGGUGGAACUAACUCUUGUAAGAGUAGCAAGAGAACGAUGCAUAAGCAGACAUCAUUUUCUGUGGUUCAAACACCUAGGGAGAUACCAUUCAAGGAGAUUGUUUCAGCCACAGAGAACUUCUCAGAGUCCAAAAGGGUGGCCGAGUUAGACUUUGGAACUGCUUACCAUGGCAUCCUAGAUGGCCACUGCCAUGUCAUGGUGAAACGCCUUGGCUUGAAGACAUGCCCUGCACUGCGCCAAAGAUUUUCCAAUGAGCUAAGAAACCUUGCAAAACUUCGCCACAGGAACUUGGUGCAGCUCAGAGGAUGGUGCACUGAGCAAGGAGAGAUGCUUGUGGUGUAUGAUUACUCAGCCAGAAGAUUUCUCAGCCACCAACUUCACCAUCAUAUCAAUGGUACUAAAAAGGGUUAUUCUGUUCUGAAAUGGCAUCAUAGGUAUAACAUAGCGAAAUCACUUGCAUCUGCACUUCUCUAUCUGCAUGAGGAAUGGGAUGAACAGGUCAUUCACAGGAACAUAACCUCUUCAGCAGUGACUCUUGAACCUGACAUGACCCCAAGACUAGGUAGUUUUGCUCUGGCUGAGUUUCUUUCAAGGAAUGAGCAUGGCCAUCAUGUGAUCACCACCAGGAACAAGUCUGUUUGUGGGAUUUACGGCUACAUGUCACCAGAAUAUGUGGAAUCAGGAGAAGCAACGGUGGCUGCUGAUGUUUAUAGUUUUGGUGUGGUGGUGCUUGAGAUUGUGAGUGGACUUAAGGCUGUGGAUUUUAGGCAACCUGAGGUGCUUUUGGUGAAGAAGGUUCAUGAAUUUGAGAUGAGAAAAAGAUCACUUGAGGCACUAGCAGAUACAAGACUAAAUGGAGAAUACAAUCACAAGGAGCUAAUGAGAUUGGUGAGGUUAGGAGUUGCAUGCACCCGUUCUGACCCAAAACUAAGACCAAGCACAAGACAGAUAGUGAGCAUCCUUGAUGGAAAUGAGAAAUUAAUCAUGGGGGAGAACAUGGAGAGCAGGGAAGAUUGGAGAGAAAGAAACGCUUGUUCUCUGUCUCUGGUCAAGAGAAUCCAAGCUCUAGGAAUACAAUGAAAAGUUGCACAAGAAAAUGAAGGAACAAAAUGGACAAUGAUGAUUUGUAACAUAGAAAGCUUGUCUGUAACAUAGAGUUGUUUUUAACAUUGUAUAUUUGUAUUUCUUGGAAGCACAUAUUAAUAAGAUCACUUUAUAUAUAUAAUAGA